GAGGCCGUUGAACGCGUCAAUCACCCAAGCAGGGCUAGGUUUCUCUUGCUGGAGGAAGGCAAACUUCCUUGGGAUUGGGGCUCUGGGAAGGAAUAGCUGUCGCCAGAGGUGGAAGCACAUCUGGAAAGCCCCUUUUGCAUUGGAGGGAACCACAUCCUCAGAAGCAGGGAAACAAAAGGAAAGAAACCAAGCUAGAUGACUUCCUAAAAGGAGAGAAGAUGUUAUGUUGGGGAUAUUGGUCUUUUGGAUAUCCUGGGACAAGUAGUACCGUCCAGCCAAUCAUCCCGGAGCCUCGGACCAGCGGUUUCAUUCAUGAGAAGAGUGUGAAGGAAGUGGCUUGUGGUGGGAACCAUUCCAUCUUCCUGCUGAAGGAUGGGGAAGUCUAUACCUGUGGCGUGAACACCAAGGGACAACUAGGACAUGAAAGGGAGGGGAGCAGACCAGAGCAAAUUGGAGCACUAGCAGAUCAGCACAUCAUCCAUGUUGCCUGUGGGGAGUCUCACAGCUUGGCCCUCAGUGACCAAGGGCGGCUUUUCUCUUGGGGCGCUGGCAGUGAUGGCCAGCUUGGCCUCACAACAACAGAGGACUCAGUGGCUGUGCCAAGGUUAAUAAAAAAGCUGAGCCAAGAGAUGAUACUUCAGGUCUCCUGUGGCAAUUGGCACUGUUUAGCUCUUGCUGCUGAUGGACAGUUCUUUUCUUGGGGACAGAACAGCCACGGACAGCUUGGAUUAGGCAAAGAGUUCCCCUCCCAAGCCAGCCCUCAGCGAGUCAAAUCGCUUGACGGGGUCCCCUUGGCUCAAGUCGCUGCUGGAGGAGCCCAUAGCUUUGCCUUGUCUCUCUCCGGAGCUGUGUUUGGUUGGGGGAAGAAUGCCUCAGGACAGCUGGGAUUGAGCGAUGAGCAAGAUCGGGAAUCUCCAUGCCAUGUGAAGCUCUUAAGGACUCAAAAAGUUGUCUACAUUAGCUGUGGAAGUGACCACACUGCUGUCCUGACAAAGACUGGAGGAGUGUUCACCUUUGGUUCUGGUUCGUGUGGGCAACUCGGUCAUGAUUCCUUCAAUGACGAAAUCAACCCUAGAAGAGUUUUGGAGCUGAUGGGAAGCGAGGUGUCCCAGAUUGCAUGUGGUAGACAGCACACUUUAGCUUUCGUGCCUUCUUCAGGACUUAUCUAUGCAUUUGGCUGUGGAAUCAAAGGUCAGCUGGGAUCUGGGCACACCUGCAAUCUGAAAUGUCCUUCUCCAGUCAAAGGUCACUGGGCAGCUCACAAUGAGGCAAUUUCUAGUAGAACUGAUGCCUAUAAACAUUACAUUGUUAAACAUAUCUUCUCUGGAGGAGACCAAACAUUUGUACUUUGUUCUGAAAGAGAGAAUUCUCCGCCAGCUGAUGAUUUCCGGACUAUUAAUCAAAGUGAUUAUACAUGUUCAAUUAAUGAUGAAACGAUAGAUACGUGGAGACAAAAGCUUUCGGAAAAGAAGAAUCCUAAUUCAGUGAACAGUGAGGUGGUCCAGAUCCUAUCCUCAGCUGCCUGCUGGAAUGGAAGCUUCUUAGAAAAGAAAAUAGAUGAACAUUUUAAAACUAGUCCCAAAAUUCCAGGGAUCGACUUGGAUUCCACCAGAAUGAUGUUUGAUAAACUAAUGACAUCUCAGCAUGCUAUCUUGCUUGAACAGAUCUCGAAGAGUUUUGAAAGCUUUUUGAUCCCACAGCUGCCCAGCUCCCCACCAGAUGUUGAAGCCAUGAGAAUUUAUCUGAUUCUGCCAGAAUUCCCACCAUUUCAAGAUUCAAAGAACUAUGUCACCUUGACACUUCCGUUGGCAAUGGCCAUAUUGCGCCUGGACAGGAACCCCAGUAAAGUUUUAGAUAACUGGUGGUCUCAGAUAUGCCCCGGAUACUUCUUGAGGCUGGUGGAUCUCUAUAAAGGGGCUGUGGUUUACCUCUUGAAUGGAAGAAAAACAUUAUUGAUCCCUGUCUUGUACAGUAGUUACAUCACAGCUGCACUGAAACUUCUGGAGAAACUUCAUAAAGUGAAUCAGAAAGCUAGGCAUGUAGAAUAUGACAAGUUUUACAUCCCAGAAAUUUCCAAUCUGGUGGAUAUUCAGGAAGACUAUCUGAUGUGGUUCUUACAUCAAGCUGGAAUGAAAGUGAGACCACCUAUCAUGCAGGAUGCUGUGACUCUGUGUUCUUAUCCAUUCAUCUUUGAUGCACAAGCCAAAACAAAGAUGCUGCAGACUGAUGCAGAACUACAGAUGCAGGUGGCCAUCAGUGGAGCAAAUCUGCAGAAUGUUUUCAUGCUUCUGACUUUGGAGCCUCUUUUGGCUCGAAGUCCUUUCUUAGUCCUUCACGUCCGUCGCAGCAACCUUGUUGGUGACGCUUUGAGGGAGUUGAGCAUCCAUUCUGAUAUUGACUUGAAAAAGCCUCUCAAGGUGAUCUUUGAUGGCGAGGAAGCUGUUGAUGCUGGCGGAGUCACAAAGGAAUUCUUCCUUCUGCUACUAAAAGAGCUCCUGAAUCCCAUUUAUGGGAUGUUCACUUUCUACCCUGAAUCAAACCUGCUUUGGUUUUCAGACACUUGUUUUGUAGAGCACAAUUGGUUUCAUCUAAUUGGCAUAAUUUGUGGCUUGGCGAUCUACAACUUCACUGUGGUUGAUCUUCACUUUCCGUUGGCUCUCUAUAAGAAACUUCUGAAUGUGGCGCCUUGCUUAGAAGACUUGAAGGAGCUGUCUCCCAUGGAAGGAAGGAGUCUUCAGCAACUUUUGGAUUAUCCCGGGGAAGACGUGGAAGAAACAUUUUGCCUCUAUUUUACAAUAUGCAGAGAAAGCUACGGUGUGGCAGAGCAGAAGAGCCUCAUUCCUGAUGGAGACAAAAUUGCAGUACAAAAGGACAACAGACAGGAAUUCGUUGAUGCCUAUGUAAAUUACAUCUUCAACAUUUCCAUCCAUGAGUGGUACACAGCUUUCUCCAGUGGCUUCCUGAAGGUGUGUGGUGGCAAGGUGCUGGAACUGUUCCAGCCAACUGAGUUGAGGGCUAUGAUUGUUGGAAGCAGCAACUACAACUGGAAAGAGCUGGAGGAGAGCACAACUUACAAAGGGGAUUAUUCAGCUACACACCCAACUGUGCAGAUGUUUUGGGAGAUCUUUCAUGAGUUUCCGCUAGAAAAGAAGAAAAAAUUUCUCUUGUUCCUGACAGGCAGCGACCGGAUCCCCAUCUAUGGCAUGUCGAGUUUGCGAAUCGUCAUCCAAUCGACGUCUAGCGGAGAGCAGUACCUGCCUGUUGCUCAUACGUGCUACAACCUCCUCGACCUGCCCAAGUACAGCAACAAGGAAAUCCUGAGCACACGACUCAUGCAAGCCAUUGACCACUAUGAGGGCUUCAGCUUGGCAUGAAAGCCGGCUUCAACAUAGACAAUUCUAUAUAGAAGGAAAAUACUGUCUUGUUUUUUAUUAUUAUUUUUGUAAAGAAAUGGUAUUAAUAAUGCUCAGUGAAGUGGGAGGGAGAAGAGUAUAGGAAACAGAACUGCAGCAAAGUCUGGUUGACUUUCUUUAGGAUUUCAGCUUUGAUGUUUUCAACUUGUCAAUCAAACUCUGAUGGAAGUUCUAUUAUGCUUAUUGACUGAUAUUUAUUAGAAGUUUAUUUUUCUUUCCUGCUCUUCCAGUUCAGCUCCUGUUGAAAAUACAACUAAUGUUUUGAAAUAACUAUCUGAAAAGGUGGAUUGUGAUAACUUGGCGAGAAAGAGUAUAUCUCUCACCUCUUUCUCCACAGCUGUGAAUGUCCUUUCUGUUUUUUCUCUUCCUGUUACAUACUUUCCUCUGUUGUCUUCUUGCACCUUAACUCCCACCUCUGCUGUUAGUUUUUGAGGUGAAACGGAAGUAUUUUCCUUUUUUUCUAAUGAUAGCAGACAGCUUUGUGACAGAUAAUAUCUGCCAAUUUUUGCUUCAGGAAAAAGGGAGAAAAAAGAUGGUUGAUGAAGAGUUUGAAGAGUUAUUAUUAUAUAAAUAAAUAUAAUAAUAAUAAAAUAAUUGAAGUCGAGGUUGAAACUUGAAUGAAGUUGAGUUCCUUUCUCUUUUUCUUCAGCCACAGAAAACGAGAUGAUUAAAUAAUUUAUCUUCUUUCUGUUGUGCUACAGAAAUCUCAGCCAUUUGCUUUGUAGCCAAACAGAAAUAGACAAAGGUCCUUAUGGACCUACAUGACAGUACUUUAAAAUAUUACUUAUUUUGUGCUUAAAGCAGAAGAGUAUUUAAAUGCACUAGGUUUUUCUCCCCUAUUUCCUAGUUUCCGUUCAGGGACAGGAUCCUGAGAGCGGCCCAACAUGUUUCAUGCACCUUUUAAUAGAUGGGAGACCUGUCUCUGCUUCCUGUAAUCCAGAGUCCUUGUAUGCACUGUAAGGGCAGGAGAGAAGAAAGCGGUCUGUUUUUUGCACUUCUUCCUCAUAACAUACUCGGCAAGAGCUCUUUCUUUUCCCUCGGUGUCAUAGGGAAUGCCGUCCCUUUUGCUUUCCAAGGUCUUGUGUCAAUCUGAUUUGAGCCUUGGUAUUUAUAUAACAGGGUAGUCCAGCUCCAGUUAAGUCCCAAGAAAAGCAGUGAAUGGAUUGAGUUGGAAGGGGAUGUCAGGGAGGGAAAAGGCUUAAAGCAGGCAUGGGCAAACUUGGACCCUCCAGGUGUUUUGGACUUCAACUCCCACAAUUCCUAAC